UCAUCUCCAGUCUAUCGCAACCUACGUAUCUUCAUACUCUUGAAAAGGGCACUGCGACAGGAAAAAACAAGAAUAUAACGAAAUUACAGCGUAUGGUAGAAUUGAAAACUAUCGAGGUUAUGCUCCAACUUGACAGUUCGUUUAUUGCUUUCCACGCGAUUGCGGACUAAUAAUUUUGAAACUACUGUCAAAAUCGUGAUCAAAGUACAUGAAAGAUGAGUAAACGAAAGGCACCCGACAACGCCGACAAUCUAAACAGUGAUCUCUCCGAUUUUCUGAUAGUGAAAAUGUAUGAAAAAAUUUACAGAGCUAGCAAAUUACGAGCGGAAUGUUAGUAAAAAUAUCUACAAGUAUAACGCCUACCGUAAAGCCGCUGGAACUUUGGCCGCGCUAUCAUACCGAGUAAAGAAUGGUGAAGAAGCAAAAAAAUUGCCAGGGGUUGGAGAGAAGAUCGCAAAAAAAAUAGAUGAGUUCCUUCAAACUGGAAAAUUACAAAAACUCGAAAAAAUUAAUGCUGAUGGCAUCAGUGCUCCUAUAAACUUGAUGACCAGAGUAUCCGGAAUCGGACCAUCGAAAGCAAAGGAAUUGGUAGAUGCUGGCAUAAAGACUUUGGAAGAACUGAGAAAAAACCAAGAUAAAUUAACACAUCACCAGAAAAUUGGUUUAAAGUACUUUCAAGAUUUUGAACAGAAAAUUCCAAGGGAAGAGGUGCAGCGACUUGAGACGAGUCUCAAAUCGGUGAUUGCUGAUUUAGACAAAGAAUAUGUUCUUACGAUCUGUGGUAGUUAUAGACGUGGGAAGGAUGAGAGCGGCGACAUUGACGUCUUGAUAACACAUCCAAAAUUCACAUCCGAAUGCAUGGAUGCGAAAAAAAAAGGCGGUAUGCUAAAAAGUGUUGUUGAACAUCUUGAAAAGGAGGGAAUAAUCACGGAGACAAUCUCUAUAGGCAAUACAAAGUUCAUGGGUGUUUGCAGAGAUCCAACAGAUUCGAGCAAACCAUUUCGCCGACUUGAUAUAAGGCUUACUCCCAGCGAUCACUACUACUGUGCCAUAUUAUAUUUUACGGGCAGUGAUUUAUUCAAUAAAAAUAUGCGAGCAUACGCACUUAAAAAGAAAUUUACAUUGAACGAGUAUACCUUGAAACGUCUAACCUUGGAAGGGUUACCAGGGGAUGCUGAAGUAAUCACGAGUGAAGAGGAUAUUUUCAGUAAACUUGGACUUCCAUACAAAAAACCGGAAGAAAGAAAUUCAUAAUGCCAAAGAUUCACAAAAUGAUGUGAUAAUUCCAGGCCAUGAAAUUAUGCGGAUCAUAACAUAGUGUAUACAUAUAUGUAUGUAACGUUUAUUAUUAGUUCAAUAUGUCCUGGGUAGAAAUCAUGUUAGACCUCAUCAGUGUUGAGAUCUAUAUUGUUAUGAAAUUAUUACAAACUAAUAUUUUCAGCCAUAUUCUGUAUCACAAAGCGAAUGCGUAAAUAUAAGCUAUAUCUUAAUAU